UCCAGGAGAAGGCAGGCAGCUGCAGCUCUGAGAGAAAUCCACAGCGGAGAGAGAAACGGAGUGGGAAAGAAAGAAAGAAAGAACCAAAGAAAAAGCACCUAGAAGCCUGCCCAAUUUCCAGCACUGACAGAGAUGUCCCACAGAAACAAGGGCGCGACUUCCAAGUCCAGCCACUCCAAGAAGAAGCCUGCGGAAGAACCAGUAAUUACAAGCCCCAGCAUGGACUCCCUGGGUUUCCAAGCUAUGGAUAGCAAUGUCCCUGGUCUGUCGCAGGUCAUCCUGAAGAAGCUCAACAUGAAGAGCUAUGAUGAAUACAAGUCUGCCAUGGAUGGGAAGAAGCUGGGGAUGGAUUUCGGGAUCCGGACUUAUUUCGACAUGUUUCAAAAAAUGGAGGACACCUUCAAAUUCUGUGCUGAGUGCAAGAAACUCCCCGAUGCCCUCCCUGACCCCAGAAGCCUCCGACGAUGCAAAAGGUGCCAGAAUGUGUAUUACUGCAACUCAGAGUGCCAACAGGCCAACUGGCCUGUGCACAAGAAAUUGUGUAAGAAGCUGAGGUUGGUAGCUCUUGACCGGCUGGUAGAAUGGCUCGUCUUCACAGGUGACAUCCCAUUCCCCACGGCAACCUGGACAAAGCGCAUACAGGAGGUGAAAAGCUGGGAAGAUUGGUUCUCGAUGCAGGAGCACCUGGAAGAAAAGCUGAGCGCUAUACUGACCGGGCGUUAUAUGAACAUCCUCUGGGCCAAUGUGGGGAAGCCGAAGCCAGAGGAGGGAGAGCUGCUGGAGUCUGUCAAACGGCUGACCACAGACUUCCAGUCCAGGCCAAUUACCAUCGGCUUGGGGCUGCAUGCUUUCAACAUUGAUCUCUAUACCAAGCCUGUCACAGUGCAUGUCAUAGGGGCUUCCCAUAUUGAGACCCUCAACACCCGGGUGACGGAUUAUGAUGAGCUGACGCGGGUGUUUCCUGGGCACCAGGGCAUCGAGGUAGUAAUGGUGGGAGUCAAUGUGGUAGAUGGACCCAUCAUGAGGCCUCCGCUGACAGCGUUCGGACCCAGGGGAAGAGUCUAUCUCAGCAGUUACAAGGCCCUUUAUCCUGACUUCUGGGAAUCCCAGGUGGAGACUCAUCAGGCUGCCCACCCAGACCUUGUGGUGGGCUUUCAUCCAGGAUUACAUGCCUGCCUGGAUGUGAUGGAAGGCUGGCUCCCCACACUGCUGCUGCUGCGGGACUACAAGAUCCCCACCCUCUUCACCGUCUACAACGAGCAGGAGCUGAAGUACUCCCUGAAAAUCCUGACAGAGCUGGAGACCCAGAUCACAGGCUACGGAGCUAAUCCCUUCGCUUCUCUCAAGCCGGAGCAGGCCUAUUCCAACCCCAACAAGUCACCCGUCUACUGCAGCGCCUACUACAUCAUGUGGCACGGGCUGGCUGGCACCCCGGAUGAGCCAGACAUGGGGGGGUUAGAGAGGGCUGAGGACAGAGGGGUGUAGAGAGGAGACACCUUUGCUGUACAUGCUGUCAGCUACUGCUACCUCCCCAGCCAGUGUGCAGGGCUCCUCCUGAGUCCCCCCUUCCCAGGCUCCCAGCCAGCACUGGACAGGGAAGCUCCAUGCUCAAGCCCAGGCAGGGGAGCUGCUUGCUUGGGCUGUGCAGUGCAGGGGACCUGGGAGGUGGGUGGGCCUUUUCCAGGGGCUGUAAAUCAUACUCAAGAUAGUGCCCUCUGCUGGACAGGGCUGUGUGUUACAGUAAUGCAUCAGCGACAUGGAAGAGGAUCCUUCCAGGUAAUAAUAAAUAUCACCAGGGC